AUGUUUCGCGAUGCUGUUGUAGCCAAAGGCGAUAGCUAUGUCUUCACCGAUGUCGCACGCAUGCUGGAUGUCGGGGCGACUCAUCGGGAUGCUGGUUUCGAUGGUGCCCUUUUCGGCGUUGAACUUGCUGUCUAUCAUCAUCCGCUUCAGGUACUUGCAGGCGUCCUCGCCAGUCAGGUCCGGCACGCCGAUCAAGUUGCGCAGGCAGAUGUUGCCCUUCACGCGGUCAGUGGCCGUCACCUCGAUGAACAGGUUGCGGGUGUCCACCGUGACCUUCGUGUACGCGGAGUUGGUGAUUGGAGGCCACGAGCAGACCUUGCCAGUCGCGUCGCGCAGCACUGGGUACUUCUCGAGGCCAUCCAGGAUCUUCAGGUGGCGAUUGGUGUCGUACCAUACUCCGCUCACCUUCUCGCCGGGGUGAGCGGCGGGCGUGUUGGACUUCUUUUUGUUCGACUUGGGAGCGACGUGCUGCGGGCGUACUUCGGUGGUAGACUCGACGGAAGUGGUGCGGGAGGGCACAAAGCGCCCGUACUCGUUGCGCGAAGGCAUCUCGACUUCAGCGGCGGGGUCGGCCACGGGGAUGCUCGAGGUCUUCUUCUGCUUCGCCUGAGCCUCCACCUCGCCGAGCAUGCCGUUAUUGUACGGAGAGUCCUCGUAGCUCGUCUGCACGUAGUACUCGGGAGUUGGGGGUUCCUCGCGGCGCUCGGCAAACUCGGUGGCAAUGGAGGCGGCACGUUUAACGAAAUCGCCACUGUUGCCGACGAUGCUCUCGCGAGCGCUGCUGAACCCGGAGGAUCUGGUGUGAUGCGGCACCGACCGAGCCUUCACGCGCCGGAAGUUGAGGGGAUUGGCGCAGAUUCGCGGGACGGUCUUGUAGCUCUCGACAACGCAGUCCAGACGACGCACCAGCGACUGAAGGUGAGACGACCCGGAAACGGGCCAGUGUUCAGUAGAGGGCUCGAGCGCGGAGGUCACCAGUGGGCACCCGCUCACGUGGCAGUUGCCGCCGCAAGGACGGGACAUGUUGCAGCCGCAUGCUUGCACGUUGGAGUCCGUGCCCACGUACACGCAGUAGUUCGACGCAACGGAGUAGUUGUUGCACAUGCGCGUGUCCUUGUUUGA